UUGAAGCUGGAGACUAUCAACCGUAUCAUACAGCUAAUUAUCUUAAAGCACGCUACCCUCUUCCAAAGAAAUUCAAAAUCAAUAAACAGGUACCAUUCAUAGCAGAGAAAGCUGUGCAUCACUACCUCGCCCUGCGUGGUAUGUCCAAGGAAGAGGCUCAACGUAAAUUCCUCAAUAUCAUCCAGCGCCAGAGAUAUGGAGUCGAGACAAUUAUAUAUAAAUACAAGUAUUUCCCUGAAUGUAAUCUGGGUUUUGUGUUUACUGUUUGUCAAAUCACUUUCAUCAGAAGUGGCUUUGUUAUCAAUAUCACUGCUACUCUCAUCAAAAUAAUAUCUUCAGUCUUGUCCUGGUUGAUUGAACGAAGUGAACUCGCAACGAUUGAAACUCGUGACUGA